CGGUGGUUGUGAGUGUGGUGAGCACAGGACUGUUCUUGGUGGACGGCGUGUUGUCCAAGUCGCUGUUUGGCACUACGUCUAUGCUCGCUACCCGCGUGACCAUCUCCACGUACUCUUGCAUCUGUUCCCAACUGGUGUUCAUGCGCCUCAAUGCGGACCUCUGUGGUAUCUUCCACAAGCUGGCUCGUCUAGCCGCCAACCUCGAGCCAAGCACGCAAAGGGAAUCCCAGAUUCGUAUGCGCGGCUCGGCUGUGCUCAACGCACGCCUCAUGUGCUUUUUCUACAUUUACGGGUUGGCCUCUGUGGCGUUCCUCACGAUGCUGUUCCUCUACAUUAAGCCGUUGUGGAUCGAAGAGACAGCCAGUGCCGUGAUGCGCCUGUUCGGAGACUCGGACGUUGACCUCUCCUGCCUUGAAUGGAGCUUGCGUCUAGCCUGGCUACCUGUGCAGUCUUGCAUGGUCGCCGUGUGGACCAACUCGUUCCUGUGUCUUAUCGGGUGUAUGAUCUUCAUCUACGCCACCUGUGCUGACCUUUUCGAGGCCAUCGGCCGCAGCGUCGAGCAAGGGCAUUGCUCACGAAUCACAUAUGCACUUCUGCAAGGCGUGCUGGACGUGCUGCUCCGCCUAGACGACACCUUCGCGGACGUUCUGCCCCACCUGCUUGUGGUCAGCGUCGUGCUUCCGCUGUUGAGCACCGUAGAGCUAGCUACCCGCGGAACAGAGGCCGACGCGUUUGCUCUUCUCAAUGCGCCACUGAUCUUUGCUGUCUUCGUCCCUAUCUGCUUCGCCGGCGACAGACUGUCCGUGGCUCGGAGCGGCAUGUCAAGGAGCGCAUUUUACGGACCGUGGCUUGAGGAAAGCCAACGAUGCAAGAAGCUGCGCCUGGCCCUUAUGCACGUCGCGGACGGCCGCGGGGCGCAAGUGCGCGGCAGUGGCAUCGGGCUUCUGAACAGGCGUGCCUGCGGGAAAGCAUUGAAGUCCUGGUUCAGCUUCCUGCAGGUGCUUGUGAACGUGAAGAGGCGGAACGCAGCAACAGUGAAAUGAUAAUCAUGCCACGGAACGUAGCCUGGGCGAGGGCCUGGACCAGUGAUGUGCACAUCUGCACUGCACACCUCCAAAUUUAUGUCCCUCGAUAUUUUUUUUUAAUGAACUUUUUACAAACAAAACGUAAAUGCUAUGCACCUGCACCAGAACCGUACUGAUUGAAAACCGACAUGUUUGCGUAAAUUACGUGCCGGAGUCUGCAAAAAAUUGUUGUAAGCAGACCUAUGUGUCCCGCUUUAUUUGUAUCGAAAAUUUUAGGACUCCGGGAGAGUGGGGGGGGCUUCGGCCCUUUAAAAUUUUCCCCUGAGACAUAAGAAAGGAAUAGAGAUCCUCCAAUGCUGACGUCUCAAAGCUCACUGAGUUGCAAACCGCGCGAGAUUCCAAAUGCGGGUCCGGGGAAAAUGUUGAAAAAGUCGAAAUAUAACGAUAGAUCGUAGGGCCCAGUUAAAGAGAGAUAUGCCGACAACAUUUUCUGAACCAUUAAAUUGGAUCCGUACGCUUUUUUAACUGGUUUCAGCAAAGAAUGGUCUAAUAUAACCUCUGACGCCGUGUCAUUGUUUGGUACACAGUGUCAGCUUUUUAUAUUUUUGGGGAGUGUCAUGCUCAAAAAUCGUUGGGAGCUGUGAGUUUUGUCGUCAGUGAUGAAAUGAGCAGUCCGUAAAGUAGGCGAAGUGUGCCUAAUGAGGGCCAACUUUUUAUAAUUUCCCACUCUUUGACACUCGCUCUCAUAGGAGUUGUUGCUGACCCAGGAAGGCGGUGCUAGAGUCACGUGACCAUUGGAGGAUCUCUAUGGAACGGCGAAGCAACGUGACUUCACCCCACCCUUCCCUAAUGAGUAAAAAAAAAUAACAAGCGCAGUUUUGAGCUUGUAUCGUUGUGCAAACAGACUUCGAGCUGGACUUUUUACCAUUGUUUUCGUUGUAAAAAGUAAGUGCUUUCAUCUCUAUCUAUGUAAAUAUUCAAAUAUAUCCUCCAUAUACAUCCACCACCCAAUAGACUGACUUCUGCUUUCACUUGUCUGCGACACCAGCUCCAGCCUGUGGAUAACCAAUAAACUCUCUCGCUACUUCUUGUUUGGCCAGCCAGCAU